AUGCAGCAAGACCCACAGGUGACACUGGCCCUCGUGUCAGUGGCCGUUACCUUCCUGGUCAUCAUCGUCAGCUCCGCCAAGCAGAAGAAGAUUGCUCUGCAGCCGGAGGUGUAUGCUCCUUUCCGGCUGCAGGAGAAGGUGGAGCUCUCGCACGACACCAGGAUGUUCCGGUUCGCGCUGCAGAGCCCGAAGCACGUGCUUGGGCUCCCCAUCGGGCAGCACGUGUCGAUGAAGUUCGUCGACGCUGAUGGAAAGAUUGUCACCAGGUCGUACACGCCGACAAGCUCCGACAUCAACCUUGGCCACGUAGACUUUGUGAUCAAGGUGUACCGGCCGAAUGAGCACCCCAAGUUCCCGGACGGGGGAAAAAUGUCGAUGCACUUGGAAAGGCUCAAGAUCGGGGACACUGUGGACAUGCGAGGACCGAAGGGAAACCUGACAUAUUUGGGGACCGGAAACUUCAGCAUAAGGCGCCGGGACGACCGCCAGGUACGGAAGCUCGGCAUGAUGGCCGGGGGCACGGGCAUCACCCCGAUGCUGCAAGUCAUCUCUGCGAUCAUGAGGGAAGGCAGCACCGGCUUGGUGGAGAUGAGCCUUAUUUUCGCCAACAAGUCGGAGGACGACAUCUUGCUGCGGGACAUGAUCGAGAAGCUGGCGGCUAGUAACCCCAACUUCAAGUUCCACUACACGCUCGACACCGUUCCGGAGGGGUGGGCGCACAGCCAGGGUUUCAUUAGCAAGGAGAUGGUGGAGAAGCACAUGCCCCCACCUGGGGCGGACACCCUCAUUCUCAUGUGCGGCCCCCCGCCGAUGCUCAAGUUCGCCUGCGUACCCGCGUUGGAAGCGUUAGGGUUCUCGGAAGACAUGCACUUCUCUUUUUAAUUGUUGCCUAGUAAGGGUGGUCGCAAAUAAAGUUGUGGAGUAUUCAUAUGUGUUUGUUGGAAUUUGUUUUGCGAAGGUCCUCAGGCCGUACCCUUUUUAUUUUUCUCGUCGAGUUUCGACUUCGUCGUGCAUUCUCUCUCGAGAGGGGGGGGGGUUGGCAUAGUCCUAGGUUUUUGUAUGUGUUCCAUGUUUUUUGUUCUAGACAACUGUAAGUGCCCAAACAUCGGCAGAACCUAGAAUGCUGGCUGGAACGCUAUUCGGGACGACCAUUUUUGCUCGUACACCCCUGCAGUGACAGAAGGCACUGCUGCAGUGCCGAAUAGCAUUGGUUGAUGGUGGCGGAAGUGCCCUGAUUGGUUGGUUGGACUUUCGUGAGGGUUGA